AUGACACUGCAGAUCAAGAGAAGAACACCUAAGAAAUACGAGUGGAACACGAACGAUUACGUGACGCCAGAAUAUGGAGGCACAUCCCUACGGGGGGAGGCCUAUGUACGUCAGAGGAGGGAGCUCUACGUACCCACCGCUGUUAUCAACCCACUACCCACUGCUAUCAACACCGCAGCCCAGUCAACAAUACCGAGGUCACCUGAAUACUCGCAAGGAUCAACAACGACUAUUACAGCGCCAUUACGACAGAUAUUAUACAUGGCGUCUAGCGUAACUAGUACUCGUGGUAUGGUGGUGACACCACAUCAACUAGCUAGUCAGAGCGCUGUGACUGUUCUUCGAGAUGGGGGAACUGCAGUCGAGGCGGUUGUCGCUGCUGCUGCCACAAAUGCAGUCGUUUAUCCUCACAUGAACAGCAUAGGUGGAGAUUCCUUCUGGUUGAUUAUCCCACCUCGAGGAGAUCCUCUUGUCAUUGAAGCUUGUGGUGUUGCCGGUAGUCAAGCCAACUUUGAAUUCUAUGCAGGACUGGAUAGAAUCCCUAUAAGAGGUCCAAAAGCUGCUAAUACAGUUGCUGGAGCUGUCGGGGGGUGGCAAGAAGCCUUAAAUUAUGUAUCAGAAUGUGGCUAUCAGAGGAAAUCUACAUUAAAACUCUUAGCUGAUGCUAUUUAUUACGCUGAGCACGGUUUUCCUGUAUCAACUUUACAUGAAGCUAAUCUAAAGAUAGUGAAAAACGAGGGAUGGUUUUCACCCGAUUUUAAAAAAACUUUUUUGCCAAAUGGCACCAUACCUAAAGCCGGCGACAUAUUUUGCCAGAAAAAACUUGCAAAAACAUUGAAACACUUAGCUAAGAAGGGACUAUACAGUUUUUAUAGAGGUAAACUGGCAAAAAAAAUUGCGAAAGAUAUGAAAAAUGUUGGUAUGCCUAUUACCAAGGCCGACUUGGCUAAUUAUACCCCUAUAAGAAAGCGACCUUUAAGAUUAUUACAUAAAUGUGGCGAACUUCUGAAUGUCCCACCACCUACUCAAGGUUUAGUAUCAUUGUCUAUUCUAGGAAUAUUGGACAAACUAAAUAUAGACGGCAAAAGUGAGGGAAAGUUUAUUCACACCACUGUUGAAGCAACUAAGCAGGCAUUUGACAUAAGAGAUCAAUAUAUAACUGAUCCUGCCUAUAUGAAAGUUGACCCUAAUUGCUUGCUCUCUGAUAGAGUAAUUACUGCAAUGUCUAAUAAUAUCGGUCGAAAAGCGAGACACUUGAAAAAUGUCAAAGGACCGGGAGAUACGGUUUGGCUAGGAGUAAUGGAUGAUAAAGGAUUUUCAGUUUCUUUUCUUCAAAGUACCUAUUAUACUUUUGGAAGUGGAGUGGUUUUACCCGAAACUGGUAUAUUGUGACAUAAUAGAGGGGUUUCUUUUACACUAGCUAAAGACCAUAUACGAUCACUGAAACCAGGGAAUAAACCUUUUCAUACUUUGAAUCCCGCCGCUGCUCGUUUGAACGACGGAAGACUUAUAAUAUACGGAACACGGGGAGGCAAUGGUCAACCGCAAACACAAGCUGCAAUUUUCCAUAGAUACGUGAUUCAAAAUGUACCAUUGCAGAAAAGUGUUUCUGAUCCAAGGUCGCUGUAUGGAAGUAACAAUGAAGAAAAUGAUGACACACUGAAGUUAGAGGAUAGAUUUGAUAGAAAAACGAUAAAAUAUCUUACAGACAGAUCUCAUAAGGUGGUCAUAUUGCCAUCGUACAGUGAAUCUGUAGGACAAGCUGGCAUGUUAGUCAGGCACACAAAUGGUGUAAUGGAAGGUGUUUAUGAUCCUAGAGCUAAUGGCAGCGCUUCAGGAUUUUAG